AUGCCUUCCGAUGACGUCAGCGACUUGAGAGACGUCGUCGACGCCAUCAACAAACUCUGCGACACGAUGAAGACGUCCAGCUACGACGAGGACACUUUCGAAAGCUGCUCCCGAUCGGGCAGCGUCGAUUUAGUCGACGCGCUCGUAACUGAGGAGACGAUCCCCGAAGAAACUGUUUUGGAAGAAGUCGAAAGCGACCCCGAUUGGUACGUAGCGUGCCAGGUUGAAACGGCGGAUCCGAGCGACGUUAUAUUUAAGAAGGUGGAGCAUUACAAUACGGAGACGUGGCGACAAUCCGUUUCUAGGCUAGAGGUGGCCUCUCCGGAGGAUGUAGUCGUGAGUACCGCUGAGACGUAUAUAGCGGAAACGUGGAGAGUACUGCAAGCGGAAGUUCACAAAACCGAGCAGGAUAGAUGGAGUGAGUCUUCGAGGGUGGAAAGUUCAGAAUCGGAGCAGAAAGCGCACGAUAGAUUGAGUGAGAAGCCGACUAGAGAAACGGUGAUUCCAGAGGAAGUAUUGCAGAAAGCCAAACCAAGAGAGACGCAAGAUAGAUGGAGUGAUCCUUCCUCGAGAGAAAUAGUGAGUCCAGAAUUCGUGCAAAGAGCGAAAGUAGAGACUCAAGAUAGAUGGAGUGAUCCUUCAUCUAGGUCAGAAAUAGUGAGUCCGGAGAUAGUGCAGAAACACGAGGGUUCAGUAGAGAGAUGGAGUGAUUCUUCCAUGUCCUUGCCGGGGCAGAUAGAAGAGGAGACAGUGACGUCUGAUGAGCGACAAGCUCAUGAAAGCGAGAUGUACUACACAGCUUCGUCUGAAGUUUCCUUGCUCUCCGAUUUGGAGGGAGCUGAUAAAGUACAAGAUGAGCCAAUAGAGAAGGAAGAUGAUAGGAAAGAGUGCGUGAUAGCGGGGCACGUGGCCGCGAUGCGGGAGCGCUUCGAGAGUAUGACGCGCACGAACACGCCGUGCCCGGACCUCAUGCGCUCGGCGUCUCCCGCGCUAGACGUCUUUAGAAACAUUACGCCUUCCCCUGAUCGUUUAGGAUAAAAGUUAGAGUACACGAGGCCAAUCUAAGUGACACUUGUUUAUAGAAACGCCAAUCGAUGUAUAUGGAAAUGAUCACGUGACCUUUUGUUCGUAUAUCUCCGAAACAUUUUUACCUACUUUAAAAUUGGCGUUUUCGAUAAACGAGUGUUACCUUGGCUCGGCCCCAGGUUAGGGAAGAGGUAGAUUAGUUAAGAUUAAAUCUUGAAUUUCUAAGUGAGUAUCCUUUAAUAGAGUACUUGAGAUGUUAGAAAGUCCUAUCGAAAUAUAUAUUUCUACUUCUGCCUAACAUUUCUCCUACUGGUAUACUAGUUAUUUGUGGUUGUAUUGGUGCAUUUAUUUUUAAGUACACGUGUAGACUACCUUAUGUAGUCAGGGCAAUAGGUUUUCAUAUCAAGACUUAUUUUACGGUAAGCGUUACUGUUAUUAUUUAUAACUAGUCUACCUCUUUUCUUAGGUAUCAUAGACAAGACUGUAGAAGACGUAGGUACGUAGUUGAAAUAUAUAUCGUAGAGGUUGUAACAGCUGAAAUACUUAGAUGGCUCUACGCCUUAUGAUUUGUGUUAACUGGAUUGUCAAACGUUAGCGCUUGAUAAAAGUUACUUGAAAUAAAUCAUUUAUUAUUAUACGUUAUUAUAAUCUAGUAGCUACGAAAAUAUAUGGCGACUUGCAGCGCCAUCUAGUUCAACUCUAAAGCCGCUAUACGAUAUAUUCUUCAACUGUGCUCUGUGUAAGGUCUUUUGUCUAUGUUAGGUAUAGUUGUGGUGUGAUUCAAUUUUGUAUCCUCUUUUUACGAAGUAACGAGUAUUUUAAAAGUAUUGAGAUGCAACCUUUGCUAGUCUUAUGCGAUAACACCAACAGUAACGAAAGUGCCAAGGGUGUUUCACACUUAGUAGGAGGGUUGUGAUUUUUUUCUUAGCUUACCUUAUGAAUUUGUACGAAUGCAAUAAGUCUUCUGAUAGUCAAAAGGUUAUGUCGGUAAUGUUAUCUUAGGGUCGUUAUUUUAGAAUUGCCCAUAUUCUGUAGUGUACCAAUAUGGGUGCAAACAUCCAAAAAUACGUGCCAUAUUCAAAAAUAUGUCCCAUAGCUCUUAUGUCAGCGAAUUAAGAACUAUGGGACAUAUUUUUGAGUAAGUUAUAUGCACCCAUAUUUGUACACUUGACUGUACCUACGCAUUUUUAAAUUUUAAUCUGAAAUGUAACUAAGUGACUCCAUACAUUUCUCACUGUCAGAAGAUUCAUGGGCGAAGGGGUACAUAUCGGGAAGUUGCAUAGUUUUUAGAAAAUGUAAGGGCAACGUUACGAUUUCUUAAGCAGUUUAUAUUAUCUUCAGUAUAUUUGCACUGCACUGAUAUACCCAGUGAUUAGCGACAUGUAAACAGUACUAAUUAAUCUAUUGUGAUCUGGAGAAGCUCAAAUUUUGUAGUUUUUUAAUGAAACUAGCCUUGAACUAUUGCGUCAGACCAAGUAUCAUGUAAAUGCUCUGAUUAGCUUAGCUUACGCUUUAAACUGAAGAGUUUAUGGGUAAUAUUCGGACGUUCAAACCGAUGUCCUUAUCCUACUCGUGUUUCCGCACAUGAGAAGCCAAGAUGCCAAUCGUUUGCGCCGUCGUAACGAACGAAACGGUAAUGCAUCUCUAUCACUCUUCCAUAUAAGAGCGUCAGAGAGACAGCGUUUCGUUCGCUACAGCGCAAACGAUUGGCAUCUUGCUAGGCCCCCAGAGCUUUAAGGAGUGUGCGAUCGGUUCUGGUGGCAGACGCUCCAACUGGUUACUGCAUUCUGUAGAGUAGAUUAACCGAAGCAGUACAGUCAGCGUGGUAUAGUAGGUAGCGUCCAAAUUAUUCAAAUAGUUCGGUACGCCAUACAAAUAAUAUGGUGUUCCGAACUAUUUGAAUACUUUGGAUACUACCUACUAUAUGACUCUGACUGUACAUCGAGUUUUACAAACUAAUCUAAGCAGAGAGCGGAACCUAGAAUACGAUGACCAAAACCAGCAUGUUAUUUUCCAAAACUCAGGAUAAUGGUAGCGGUUCGAAUGCUACAAUAUUAAUAGGGGGACCUUACGCUAAGUCAAUAUGACGUCACGGCAGGACCCUGAGUUGUUUGGCCAGAUCGCCGCCAUUUUAUUCAUAAUCUGCUCUGAUUGGCUGACGACUUAUGCUUCCCUAUUUACGUAAUCGAUUAUAUACUUAUUAUAUAAUUUAUAAAAAGUUGCCAUAAAAGUUAAACAUUUGUUGUCAAAUUAUUUUAUAGAAAUCAUUCGGUUACUUUAUGACUUUUGUCUGUUGUGAAUUUUGUACCAAAUGUUUAUUGGGUGAAACAAUUUAUUUAAUGGUGAUAUUAGUUGUAUACAAUAUGAAAUCUUGUUGUAAUCCAUGUACUUUAGUGUUAUCAGUCUUCUAACAGUGUAGUUUUUAGUCCUAGUUAUUAUAUAAACGUGUUAUGUGUACAGACCAGACCUUUAACAAUAUACGGCUACUUAAUACAA